GCAAUGGAUAAAUAAUGCCCCGCGACAUCAAUCGCGCUCAAUAGGGGUGGGCGCAUCAGCUCCAAUGGAAAUAUGGGCACGCAACUUGCAAAUAGUCCCACAACACACAAAUCUUUGUGCAAAGCUGUUUGGAUUUAACAGACAGCUCGGGGAUUUCUUUUCAAAGAGUUGGCGAAGGUUCUUGUCUUUUUCUUAACGUUGAGUGUAAAAAAUGGUCACCAUCACCGUUGGAUAUAUUGCUGGCUUCAUUGCUGCAGCAAUCUUCGUGACUCGAAUAUGGGCCCCGUUGGUCAUGACCUUCAUCUUGUCAGGCGUUCUGAAAGAUAGAAACAGUGCUGCUACCUGGAGCGUUGCAGCUCGAUCUCUUGAAAGAACACACUGGCCAGACAUUUUGCGUUCCGACAGCGUCAAAACUCAUGGGGCUCGCAAAACCGUCGUUCUCCUCACUGCUCUCAUUACUGCCAUGACAAUGUUGAUAGCAGUCGCCGGGAUAGUCACGCCGCUCGGAAUAUACCAAACCCUAGCACUGUCAGAAAAUGUCCAAACACCUUUCAAGUAUCUCCUUGACACUUCCCCGUUUGGCGUCGGGACGCCACCGAGAAGUAACUUCAGCUUCAAUCGGAUUUGCGCCACCGGUGACCUGCUCACCUCAAUGCCUAUACCUUGUCCCUUCUCGGAUACCAUUGCAAUAACAUCAACAGACGGAAACUGGAUCAAUGCCUCGUAUCCUUACGGCUAUGAUAUCUCAAUCCCCAAGACCACUUUAGAUAUAUAUUCCAGUGGGGCUGGCAACGACACCACCAUCUCAAACUAUUUUGACAUCCAGUGGAGGCAAUAUAUGAUAACGUCUGACCCCAAAAAAAUUCUCAACAAUGGUUCACUCUAUCUUGUGGAAGCAUUUCGUGGCAUGCAGUCCUUGGGCCUCAACAAUGCUAUCGAGCCGGUUGAGGGACUGAUCGUGGAUACUGUGAAUGGCGGGAUCGGCUUCAGAAAUCACACUGUACCUCCUGGCUUUCAAUUGGGCGUUACAUGGGAAGAAGACCUUCUUUUCAUUGAGCCCGAGACGGUAUGCGUCGACACAAAUACAACCCUUGAUUACACGAUUGCUGUAGGCAUCAACGCCACGAUUCCAAUUAUUGAUCUAGUUCUGACUGACCGUGGAGGCUUCGUGAACAUCAACAAGACGUUCCCAGUAGCUAAUCUCACCAAUCCCCAAGAAAAUCAGGACUUAUGGACCAGAGCGUACAAGGCGGCAUGGAUGACUAACGCCUACACGAUGGUGUGGUACAACGUCACGAAUCCUCACAAUUCCGCAACGGGUCAGAGCGCCUUUGCUUACCGGGACACCUUUCUGGGAAAAGAAUUUCCUAUCGUCGAGUCCUCGACCCAAGGUCUUUAUACUUCUUUCGGAAUGGACGCCACGUUUAACCAACAUUUGAAUAUCGAAAGUGACGGACCUGGAAAUUCUUCAAAUCCCGCUGCUGGUGGCCUCCCAAACCCCUUUAAGAUAUCUAACACCAAUUUCACUGAUAUUGGUAUGCUCUGUGCCGGUGCUGGCGACGGCGACUACGCAAAUAUCACCAACAUUUACGUUCAUUGUGCUCUCAUGAGAGGUAUACCUCAACGUAAGGAUGACGGGUCAGGCAUAGUAUUUGAGCCCGGGAGCCGAUGGUCCCAACCGUUGUACACCUGUGCCAGCUCUGUGAAAGCAACCGUAAAGACCGUCUCGUUCCUUUUCAACGGCACGCACGAGCUCAGCAAUCUCAAGGUCAGCAAGGUCCAACCAAAAAAUUAUUCGGAUCCAAGUAGUCUACCUCUUUGGGGAGUUGAGAAUACUAACAAUGAAUACAUUCUGGGGGGACUCAGUAUGAUAUGGGGGCUCGUGUCUCCCAAGUACGAAAAUCAUCCAAAUGUGUCGACAGUCCGACAAGAAUCUCUUUACCUUACUGGUUAUUUCAGCGACAUUGGCAACACUGGAUUUACUUCCGUGCCUGGCUGGGAAAAUCUGCCAGCCAGCGAUUUCUAUCAUCUAGCAAUGGAAUCUGCAUACACUGUCAAUUCAAACGCAGGUUCAGCGCUGGAUUAUACUGGCCAGAACAAUAUGGCAGUGUGGGCCAGAUGGCAGAAACUCUCGAACUCCACUGCGACCGCAGCACUUAUCCCAAAUCUGAUCUUUACAGACUAUGCAGCUGCCGCUGUAGUUGGAACCAAGGGGGUUCUCGGUCCUGGCAAUGCAGCUGCCCAAAAUCUCGUGCCGCUCACAGUCACGCCCACGAUCUCCGUGAUCAGAUACCACUGGGCGUUCGCAAUACCAGCUUUCCUGGUUAUCGCUGCGCUUAUCUUCUUCACAGCAGUCGCUGCGAUCGUCAUGUUGUGUCGACGCCAUAACAUCGGCAGAUUGCGCAUGCACCUCAAUCAACUUGCCCCUGGCCGUAUCUUCACAGCCUUCCUUUCUCCGGAGCCGGGUGCAAUGAGUCUUAGUGCUGAGGCCUGGAAUAGAGCCAUGGGGAAGCUGGUGAUAGACGUCUCGGAUGAACACUCUUUGGGUGCUGGCAAGAGCGACAUGCCAGAGAAGCCAACCGCUGUGACUGGAUAUUGAGCUGUAUCCGAUGAAUCUGAUGGCGUUGGGGUGGAGUUUCUGGGUGCGAAUGGGCAUUCAAGAGAGAGGAGUGAUGGUGAUAUAGGAAAGCAGGGAUUUUUCAAAGCGCCGCCUUCGGUUACAGGUCGUUGAGUUGUUGUUUUCUCACGAUAUAUAUAUAUAUAUACACUGUACUAAGUCUUGAUGAAUGUAUUGUCUUUCCCUUUGUUAACCCUCAAUUGCUGGUAGGAGUAUGCUACACCUAUCUCCCCGUAUCAAAAAGGUGCUACAUGUAGCGGAAAGUUGUAAUGGUGGGAU